AUGGCCCAAAACUUCGAGGAGGUCGCGAAGCAAUUCGUCGAAUACUACUACAACCAGUUCGACAGCGACCGGACUGGGCUCAGCGCCCUCUACCGCGAUGGAUCGAUGCUCACUUUCGAGUCUUCGGCCAGCUUCGGUGUCGCCACCAUUGUCGAGAAGCUUGUUAGCCUCCCCUUCCAGAAGGUGAAGCACCAGGUUUCUACGCUCGACGCUCAGCCUAGCGUCAGCGGUGGUGUCCUGGUCCUCGUUACCGGUCAACUCUUGGUCGACGAGGAGCAGCGCCCCAUGAACUACACUCAGACCUUCCAGCUGAUGCCCGACGGAGGCUCCUUCUACGUCCUCAACGACCUCUUCAAGCUCGUCUACGGCUAA